AUUUACUUCUAUUUUCUCAGGUAUCUGUGGAUACCAGAUUGUUUUAUCCCCUUUUCUCUGUUUUUUUUUCUCUCUCUUGAUUUCCUUUUUCCCCCUGUUGGAUGUAUCACCUCUGUCACUUGGCAAUUUCUUUCAGAAAGCGACAGAAUGGGUGUCCUGACAAAGAACUGGGACCUCGUCUUUUUAACACUGGCUGCAUAUUUGGUGCUUUGUGACGCUCAGCCUCAGCCUGGUCACUGUGUAAUGUAUGAUGAAUGUGGUCUAAACCCUGAUGUAGAAAAGCCCCUGCUUCCUCCAUACAUACCCUGCAAAAGUUAUCAGCCAGCAACCUUAACAUCAGGCCAACACUACCAGCUACUGAAGGAGGUCUGUCCUAUGUUAGACCAAGGUGUAAAUAAUUCAUUUGCCUGCUGCACCCCUACUCAGUUGCGUGCUCUGCGAAACAGCCUGACCCUUUCCAAAGCUGUGCUGCUCCGAUGCCCAGCCUGUACUUACAAUUUUGCCCAGAUACACUGUAUAACCACCUGCAGUCCUAACCAGAGCCAGGUAGUCAACAUCACCAGAACUGUGAACGUCACGAUUGGUGGAGUGGAAAAAGAUGGUGUGGUUGCAUACCAGGCUUAUGUUUCGACCAACUUCUCCGAUGCGUCUUUCAGGUCCUGCCAGAAUGUACGGAUUCCAGCUACAGGUGGAUAUGCUAUUGGUACCAUGUGUGGCCAAUAUGGUUAUAAGCAGUGCACACCACAGCGCUGGUUAGAUUUCCAGGGUGACUCUAGCAAUGGUCUGGCUCCACUCGAUAUUGAUUUUAGACUUAUUCUACCUAACGAGACCUCUGAGGUACCAGAGGGAAUGGUUCCAUAUGCAGGUGUAGCGAUAGGCUGUAACGAAACAACACCCAUUGGGGAAAAAGAAUGCUCAUGCCAGGACUGUCUGGAUGCAUGCCCUGUAGUGCCUCCACCUGAACUAAGACCUGUGGCGUCUUCCAGCUUCAUGAUCGCAGGCAUGAACGGUGUCCUUUUCAUCUGUCUCAUUGUCUUUAUAUUUUUGUCUCUCCUGUUCCUUGCUUUCCUUGUGGCAAAGUUUGUCUUCCAAACGCGAAAGAGUAAGUUGUCGAAAAGGGGCAAGGACAAUAAUGAAAAUGAAGUGGACUUUAACAAAACAGUGGAUCCCAAAGAUAUCACAUGCUCUGAUCGAGCAAGUCUGGCUGCACAAGAAAUUCUGGGUUCGUUUUUUCAGAGGUGGGGAACGACAAUGGCUAGGUACCCCAAGACGGUGAUCGUUGUAUGUCUGGUUGCAGUGGUGGCGUUUUCAACUGGGCUGAUGCAUAUAGAACUGACUACUGAUCCUGUUCAACUUUGGUCAGCUCCUAAUAGCCGUGCAAGGCGUGAGAAGGACUUUCAUGAUGAGCAUUUUUCUCCCUUUUUUCGUACCAACCAGCUGAUUCUGACAGCUCCAGGCAGAGAAGGUUAUGUGUAUGACUCUUUGCUAUUUGGCAAAACAAACAUCAGCGGCCUCAUCUCUAAAGACCUCAUUUUUCAACUACUGGAGCUUCAAGAAAGAAUCCAGGCAAUCAAUUUCUGGUCGGAAGACCUUCAACGAAAUACCAGCCUUAAGGAUGUGUGCUAUGCUCCACUUAAUCCAGUAAACCCUGCUCUUUCUGACUGCGCUGUUAACGGUCUUCCUCAGUACUUCCAAAACAGCAUUGAUAAUCUGAACGCAAAGGCCAACAUGACCGAGUUAGGCGUGACUAAAGAGGUCGACUGGAGAGAUCAUUUAAUCUACUGCCUCAACUCUCCAUUGUCUUUUAAAGACAUCACUGCACUUGGCAUGAGUUGUAUGGCUGACUAUGGAGGACCUGUUUUUCCCUUCUUGGCUGUAGGCGGAUAUGAAAAUGAUGACUACACAGAUGCUGAAGCCUUCAUUCUCACAUUUUCUUUGAAUAACUAUCCACGGGAUGACCCAAAGUUCAAUGUGGUGCAAGAAUGGGAAUCAAAGUUCUUGGAGAUAGUACAGGAAUACCAGAGAAAUCCAAGCACCAACUUUACUUUUGCCUACAUGGCUGAGCGAUCUUUGGAAGAUGAAAUAAACAGAACAACAAUUGAGGACAUCCCCAUCUUUAUGAUCAGUUAUGCAGUCAUCUUUUUGUAUAUUGCCGUGGCUCUGGGAGAAUACUCAUCCUUCAAACGUAUUCUGGUGGACUCAAAGUUCCUUGUCGGCUUUGGGGGCAUAUUGGUAGUAGGCUGUUCAGUUCUAUCCUCCAUGGGUUUCUAUGCUUGGAUAGGAAUCCCAUCCUCUCUAGUCAUUCUGCAGGUGGUCCCCUUUCUAGUCCUGGCUGUAGGAGCUGACAACAUCUUUAUCUUUGUUCUGGAGUACCAGCGAGAUGUCCGCCGUCCAGGAGAGCAGCGAGAGGAGCACAUCGGUCGAGUCCUUGGAAAUGUCGCUCCCAGCAUGCUUCUUUGUAGCAUGUCUGAAUCUGUUUGCUUCUUCUUGGGUGCUUUGAGUACAAUGCCUGCUGUGAAGUCUUUUGCGCUCUAUGCUGCCUUCGCCGUCCUAAUGGACUUUGUGCUGCAGAUGAGUGCAUUUGUGGCACUGCUGUCUUUAGACACUCGGCGACAAGAUUCAAAUCGCUGCGAAAUAGCUUGCUGUGUCACUGUUAAGCAACCACGAUCUUCCAAACCCAAUGAGGGCAUCCUCCUUCCCUUAAUGCAGAAAUAUUAUGCCCCGGCACUGCUCCACCCGGUUUCCAGGAUAGUAGUGAUCGUGGUGUUCCUCUGCUUCUUCUGUGCCUCCAUCUACCUGAUGUUCAAUGUGAAGGUGGGCUUGGAUCAGGAGCUGGCCAUGCCAUCAGACUCCUACAUGUUGACAUACUUUGCAUACCUGUACAAGUACUUUGAGGUUGGUGUUCCUGUAUAUUUUGUCACAACAAAAGGCUAUAACUUCUCGAGUGAUAGUGGCAUGAACGCAGUGUGUUCCAGUGUUGGCUGCAACCAGUUCUCCCUCACCCAAAAGAUCCAGUAUGCCACAUCAUUUCCUAACAUAUCAUACUUGGCUAUCCCAGCAUCUUCCUGGGUGGAUGAUUUCAUUGACUGGCUAAAUCCCCAAUCCAGGUGCUGUCGUACUUACCUCCUCGGAAGUAACAAAGGGAAAUUCUGUCCUGCUUAUGAGAACCUCUUUAUAUGUAAGAAGUGUAUGCAAGAAGCAGAUGACGGUGUCUUGCGUCCAUCUGUAACGGAGUUUAACGAGUUUCUCCCAAGCUUUCUCGGCAACCGGCCAGACUUACUGUGUCCCAAAGGUGGUUUGGGGGCUUAUGAUACAUCUGUGGUCAUGGACAAUGUGACUGGAGAGAUAUUAGCAUCUCGGUUCAUGGCGUAUCACACUCCUCUCACUAACUCACAGGAGUUUACAAAUGCUCUGGUCACGGCGAGAGAGAUCGCUCACAAUAUCACCAUGACUAUGAGAAGUGUGCCAGGCACGGCAGAAGACUUCGAGGUUUUCCCCUAUACUGUCACGUAUGUGUACUACGAGCAGUACAUUGGCAUUGUGUAUGAAGGCCUGGUGAACCUCUCGCUCUGUUUGAUACCCACCUUUGUGGUGUGCUGCAUCCUGCUCGGCAUGGACCUGCGCUCAGGUCUCCUCAACCUUCUCACCAUACUAAUGAUCACUGUGGAUACAGUGGGUGUCAUGACACUGUGGGGCAUUGACUACAACGCUGUGUCGUUAAUCAACCUUGUCACGGCUGUGGGGAUAUCAGUGGAGUUUGUGUCUCAUUUAACACGCUCCUUCGCCCUGAGCACUAUGUCCAAUAAGGUGGAGAGGGCCAAAGAUGCUACAGCUAAGAUGGGUAGUGCGGUGUUUGCUGGCGUUGCUAUGACCAACCUGCCUGGAAUCGUCGUGCUGGCAUUCGCUAAAGCUCAGCUCAUCCAGAUCUUCUUCUUCCGUCUUAAUCUGGUCAUCACGCUGCUGGGAAUGGCACACGGUCUCAUCUUCCUGCCUGUGCUGCUCAGCUUUUUUGGCCCGUCUGUAAACAAGGCUUUGCUGCUACAGCUUCAAAGAAAAAAAGACCUAGAGAUGGAGCAGCGCAACAAAGCAGUUUACAAAAAUGAUGGCUUUGAUACGAACGAGAAUCAUGCUGGAUCAGAGCCCAACAAUGCCACAAAGGUGCCCAAAAUUUAUGAAGAAGUGAAGCUAGACCCAGAGAUGACACCAGAACCAAGCAAGGAGGACACCAAAAAUAUCCAGAGCAAUGUUUGUCUUUAGUUCUGUGACAACCCUCCUAUUCUGCUGCUCUUCCUCCUGAUUGGAGAUCGUUGGCAGAGAAUGAAAAGGAUGGUUUAUUAACAAUAGGACUCAACAAUAGUCAGUAUACACACUAGUGCAAUAUAAGGGUCAGAAGAACUGCUUUAUAGGGAUAAAGCUAAAGUUUUUCACCUCGGCAAUACAGUUGUGUGUUUUACCUGCUCUAACACCUGCUCUAACACAGUUUGCAAAAAUGGAAUUGGGCAUGGCGAUGAAAUAUUGCUUGAUUAUACAAGUUAAAUUUGGCUUGUGGUUAAUGCCACGUAAAAAUGGAUGAUACUUGUUGAUAAUGGUAUCACGUCCAGUCUUUCACUAAUUACAGUACAAAUAACAACUAUUUGACGGGAGCUGCCUGUUUGUUAGAACCUAAGAAACCUCAUUUAGUCAUUUAGACACAAUCACAAAAGUGCCUAUAGACCUUAAAAGAUUGACAAGUUUAUAUUGAUAGUUUAUAAAGCUAAGGAUACAGGAUACUUGACUUGAUAAAUGUAGAUAUAGUUAGUUAGAUAAUUCAUGUUUAGUUUAGGUUGUAGUUUAAUGCAUUUAACAGAUGGAAACAUCAAUGCACUAUCAAUGCUAACAAAGCUAUUAUUUAAACAUACAAAGAAACUGAUUAAUUACUAAUUAGUAACUAGCUAAAUGUUUUGCUAGCAAUGCUAGUGGUUCUAUAUCUUUCCAGCUAAGCACUGGGACAUAGAUAGCAUCAACUUUAAAAAAUUUUAUUUUAUUUUACAUAGUCUUACACCUGGUAAAAUCUUACAGCCAAUUUUUGUCAAAGUUACAGAUAUGGCUAACAUUAUCCUUCACUCCAUCUGCGCUGCUCAGAACCAUGCUAGUCAUUUGCUAGCAAGUUAAUAAACUUUUAAAGUGCAUUCAGCUGCUGCAGGACAUUACAUGAACAAUUCAAUUUGGAAUUCAUGUCGAAGCUUAUAGUGUUACUGUAUAUAUACUGUACCACAUGCCCCACAGGGAGGUAAUUAAUCUAAAAAAAAAAUAAAAAAAAAUGCUAUCUUCUAAGGUAGUCUCCUCUAUGAAUUAACUGUAAAGAUCAAAUGUUGCAUGUAAAAAAAAAAAUAGGAUAAAUUGAAUAUCUAGGCAUUAUUUGCAUAACUUCCUUCGCCUAAUUCUGCUUUGUAAAAAAACUUAUUUGUUAGAGCAGGACAAACUGCAAACAAAAUGUGUCACCUCUAAGAGCCUUAAAAUAGGCUUCAUAACAGUCGCUAUGUAAAGCUGUUAAUAGGGUGUUAGCAUUUCCUUGAAUGCUUAAGAGAGAUUUUUUUUAUUUUUUACACAUAUUUUCUUUUUUGUUGGUUGUACUGUACUUUAUUUAAUUCCAUUACAUUUGCAUAUAAUGUCUUUUUGUUGAAACACUACUGCUGCCAUACUGUACACUCCAGUAAAAUUUGACUGUGUCAUAAAAUAAAAUAUGCGCUGUUGGGGUGAGGAAUGCA